AUGCAAAAGUCUUGUGUCUCCCUCGCAAGUAUCGUCUGCUAUUAUGGAAGAACUUAAGUCAGCCCUAAAAUUGGAAAGAAUGGGCCUUGGCGCUCAUCCGGUUAAGUUUUACUGAGCGCCUGGGGCGGUUGGACACCGUGCGAGAAGGUAAGGAUAUAAAGAUGAGCAGCAGAGUCGCGAUAUCCGCUCUAGUAGCUUCCAUCCCAGAAGAGGCAGUCAGUUUCGAUAAAGCUCGCCAAGAAGGGGCAACAAGGGGGCAUCUGAAGCCUGCCAUGGGAAGAGCCUACCUGCUCCUUAAACAUUAAAAGGCUAAAUCUGAACUAGUCGGAAGUGACGUGCCAGCUGAGACCGCAGGUCCGCCACGCAAUUGGCCACCGCCUAAAAUAACCAUCCUUUCCCCAGACUGACCCGAAGAGAGGAAAAGUGUGGCCGAAAGCCCACAAUCUGGGCCUCGACGACUUCCAGCCUCACCAGGAUCAGCAUCGCCUGGCCAGAGUCCAGGCCCGCAACCUGGACAGAACAGCUCCGCCAACCUGGGCGGUAAGACGCCCAGCGAGCAAUGGGCUUCAGCUUUCCAUCGCGCGCAUGCGCGGUCCUCUAUCUCCGGAGGAGUCCUCAGGUCAUCUGGACGCCGGCAUUUCAGCUACCUGCAGCUCCGCGUACCUUCUCACCCUUGACGACUCCUGCUGGUCCUCAACUCCGGCCCCGCUCCUUCCUCUUCCGCAGGCACCGCUAGGCCCUCGCGCGUUAACCCGCCGAUACCCCGGCUUCCACUGACACGAGUCUCCGCGCAGCGCCGCUUCCGCUUCCGGCGAGUAUUGUGUGUCGCGCCGCGGGGCGGGGGCGAGGGGAGGAGGAAGGAGGGAGGCAGCUCUCCGGCGGCUCCGCGCCCCGUACUCCCGGACCCGAAGCCGGGAAGUUAAAUAAUGGCAGAGACAAGCCUGUUAGAGGCUGGGGCCUCUGCAGCCUCCACAGCUGCAGCUCUGGAGAACUUACAAGUUGAGGCAAGCUGCUCUGUGUGCCUGGAGUAUCUGAAGGAGCCUGUCAUCAUUGAAUGUGGGCAUAACUUCUGCAAAGCUUGCAUCACCCGCUGGUGGGAGGACCUAGAGAGGGACUUCCCUUGUCCUGUCUGUCGGAAGACAUCCCGUUACCGCAGUCUUCGGCCUAAUCGCCAACUAGGCAGUAUGGUGGAAAUUGCCAAGCAGCUCCAGGCUGUCAAGCGGAAGAUCCGGGAUGAGAGCCUCUGCCCCCAGCACCACGAGGCCCUCAGCCUCUUCUGCUAUGAGGACCAGGAGGCCGUAUGUUUGAUAUGUGCAAUUUCCCAUACCCACCGGGCCCACACUGUCGUGCCAUUGGACGAUGCUACACAGGAAUAUAAGGAAAAACUGCAGAAGUGCCUAGAGCCCCUGGAGCAGAAGCUACAGGAGAUCACUCGAUGCAAGUCCUCUGAGGAGAAGAAGCCUGGAGAACUCAAGAGACUAGUGGAGAGUCGUCGACAGCAGAUCUUAAAGGAGUUUGAAGAGCUUCAUAGGCGGCUGGAUGAAGAACAGCAGGUAUUGCUUUCAAGACUAGAGGAGGAGGAACAGGACAUUCUACAAAGACUGCGAGAAAAUGCUGCUCACCUUGGGGACAUGCGCCGGGACCUGGCCCAUUUGGCUGCCGAGGUGGAGGGCAAGUGCUUACAGUCAGGCUUCGAGAUGCUUAAGGAUGUCAAAAGUACCCUGGAAAAAUGUGAGAAGGUGAAGACCAUGGAGGUGACUUCAGUAUCCAUAGAGCUGGAAAAGAACUUCAGCAAUUUCCCCCGACAAUACUUUGCCCUAAGGAAAAUCCUUAAACAGCUAAUUGCGGAUGUGACCCUGGACCCUGAGACUGCUCAUCCUAACCUAGUCCUGUCAGAAGAUCGUAAAAGCGUCAAGUUUGUGGAGACAAGACUCCGAGAUCUCCCUGACACGCCACAGCGUUUCACCUUCUACCCUUGCGUCCUGGCUACUGAAGGUUUCACCUCAGGUCGACACUACUGGGAGGUGGAGGUGGGGGACAAGACCCACUGGGCAGUGGGUGUGUGCCGGGACUCUGUGAGCCGAAAGGGCGAGCUGACUCCACUCCCUGAGACUGGCUACUGGCGUGUGCGGCUGUGGAAUGGGGACAAGUAUGCAGCCACCACCACACCUUUUACCCCUUUGCACAUCAAGGUAAAACCCAAGCGGGUAGGCAUAUUCCUAGACUACGAGGCUGGCACGCUAUCAUUUUACAACGUCACAGACCGCUCUCAUAUCUACACCUUUACUGAUACUUUUACUGAGAAACUCUGGCCCCUCUUCUACCCAGGCAUCCGGGCUGGUCGGAAGAAUGCUGCACCACUUACUAUCAGGCCCCCAACAGAUUGGGAGUGACAGGUUGAGAUGUGGGAUUAACUGGGGUGAGGCAGGGUCAAAAGCUAUGGGCCUUUCUUCUUGUGUCCUGCUGGAACAUCUUGGUGUCUGCCUGGUUCCAGUCCUGAGUCAUCUUGGAGAAACAUUCUGGCCUCCAGGAUGGUUUGUGUGGAGGAGUAGGUAGGACUGGGCUGCAUGAUGGAGCACGGGUAUGUCUCCCUCCUCACCGUGGGGAGCUGGUUGCCAGGAGAAUGUCUCCCUGACAUCCAUCAGGUUUUCUAUUGCACAAGGAAAGGUUGGGAAGGAAGGAGAGACUUCCAGAAAUGAAAAGUCUAUGGGAGAGUCUAACUUGCUUAAGUAGGAGGAGAAAACAGAAACCCUUAGGGACUUCUUUGACCCAGAAUAGACUUGUUUUUUGAGGAAAAUCACAGGGGUCGGUGUACCUCUAGAUUGAAAAAAGAUUAAUGACCAUUGCUGUCAUGGGUCUAGAAGUUGAAUUUUUCUGAAGGCAGAGUUUGGACAUCAAAGUAGAUUACAAAGAAGAUCAGGUAAGAGGACUAAAGCAACAGAUUCCUAGAAACCAAUGAAGGAGAGGGAAGUUUCUUCGGUGUUCUAUUCCCAGGGUAAGGUUGCCAUUGUGAGUAGGAUUGGCCAGAGGUAGGAAUGUGGAGAAAAGGAAAGGAUGGGAAUAAAGGAGAACCUGUGUCCCUACCUUGGCCUUCUGCUGGCUAUUUGCCUGCCUCCUCACAGUCGGUGGUCUCCAAGAAGUUGCACGGCCUGUUCCUCUUCAGAGGCAAGGGGAAGAGAUUGUGCAAGACACAGCUAUACUUACACUUUUCCCAAAAGAACUUGGAGAGCAGAGAGUCGGGUAUUAGAGAAAAGUAUAUCUAUCCAAAGCCCUGGCCUUAAAGAAUGUUACUGAAUAACUAUUCCCAAGUCGUUAGCCUUGUCACCUGGCUCAGGUGUCCAAGCCAGAAAGGAAGAAAGAUAAGGGAGUCUUUCUCACCCUAAAGACAGGGUACAUUUAGGAAAGGGCUGGAUAGGCAGCUUCCUUUUGCCUGUGCAUUGGCCUGGAACUAGUGUUCAUAACAGCCUUUUGCUUGUUUGUUGCCAUCCUUCACCCUUUGCCAUUCCCCUUUUUGAAUGUAAAUCAUUUUAAUGUUAGGCCAAAAUAAACAACCUAUAGGGUAUAUAUGUUGUCAAAAAAAAAAGGUAAAGAGAUGCAUGCCAAACCAAACUAAAACAUCUUGGAUAUCUGCUGCUUGGGUAAUCUUCACAGAAGACUGACACAAGAAGCUGCAGUUUACUGAGGGCAUUUCAGUUCCUCUUACCACCUCAACAGGACUCUGUCCACUUUCCUCCUCUUACCUUUGUGCCUUGACUGUGGUUCUUUGUGGCAAGAUACUUUGGUUGGUAAAAAUAAUAUGGAACAAAGGAUCCACUGAAGUGA